AUGGCAUCUCCAUCUGCUCCAUGUCGAGAAUGUGAUCGUGGAUCCUACCGUUGUGAUGGAUGUCGUCAAUUAUUUUGUGAACACCAUUUUUCAGAGCAUCGACAAUAUUUAACUCAACAAUUCGAUAAUCUUACAACUGAAUAUUCGGAUUUACAAAAAAUUCUUGCUCUUCCACCAUCAUAUCAAAGUCUAACAGAAAAUACUGAAUUGAUAGAUAAAAUUAAUCAAUGGGAAAUUGAUAUUAUUCGACAAGUUAAAGAAAUAGCUGAAGCAACAAGAGAAAAAAUUCGUCAUCGAUCUGAUACUAUAGCAACUGAACGAUUUGGACCAGAAUUUCAACAAUUAACUGAAGAAUUACAACAGAGACAACGAACAAAUCAUUUAUACGAAUUAGAUAUUGAACAAUUAACGACAAAAUUAAAUAAUUUUAAGUUACAAGUAGAAGAAUCUCUAUUAACUACAGCUGAAAUUCGAACAAUACCAAUUGAUUGGACAAAAUAUAUUCAAAUCGUCAUGAAACAAAAUAGAGUACAAAGAAAUCAACGAAAUAUUCAUAUCGAUCGAUUAUUAACAAUAAAACCAAGAAUAAGUUUAGAUGUUAGAGGUGCAGAUUGGCACGUUUUAGGAACUACUUCAUCAUCAAAUUCAAUAUUUCUUCAUUAUCAACAUACAAGGAAAAAUAAACGUUUAUCAGUUGUUAAUGUUAAUGGUCAACAAAAACAAAUACCAUGGUAUGAAGAUCAAUCAAUAUGGGAUAGUUGUUGGUCAUCUUUUCUCAAUAAAUUUAUUAUAUUAGCUGAUAAUCGACUUUAUACGUAUGAUAAUAAUAUUGUAACAUCGGAUUCAAUGCAACUUAUUGAAGCAGUUAAACCAAAAAGAGACAAAAUGGAAUUUCUUCGUUGUAUUUGUUCAGAUGAAACUAUUUUUAUUACUUAUGAUGAACGUAAUAGUUCUAUUGAUGAAUAUAAUAUGAGUCAUUGGACAGUUGUUCAUAGAUAUGAAAAUAUUGUUAAACAAAAUGAAAUUAUUGUGGGUAUUGCUAUGUCGGAAAUAAAUUCAAAUUUAAUUGGAAUAACAGUUCUUGAUGACAAACAACAUUGGCAUUUUGAAUUAAGGGAUCGAUCAAUGUUACUCAUUUCAUCCAUACAACUUGAUAAGAGUGAAUUCAAUCGACGAAUAAUAUCAUUAUCGAAUUCGUCUAUGAAUUGGCUUAUUGUUCAUACUGGAACAAUCUUUUUUACUAUUCUUGACGAAACUGCACAAACAAAACGAAUGAUAGAAUGUGCUGAACCUAUUGAUUUAGCAACGUAUUUCGCUCCGCAAAAUUGUUUAGUAGUUUUAACACAAAAAAGCAAAUUAAAAUUUUUUGAUUUAUAA